AUGAAGUUCUCACACAGCAUUCAGUUCAAUGCUGUUCCGGACUGGAGCAGUCAUUACAUUGCCUACAGCAACCUGAAGAAGCUGAUCUACCAACUCGAGAAGACAGUCCACCAAACCUCUGCAGGUGACGCCGAAUCAAGACCUCUUAUCCGCAACGAAGAACCCGAAGAUGUCUUUAGCCGUGCGCUUGGCGUAGAAUUGGAGAAGAUUUGCUCCUUCUACGUAUCCAAAGAGGGCGAGCUUCUCGACGAGGUGAACCAAUUGUUGGGAGACGUUGGCAACCAUUCUUCAGAGGACGAUGAAAACGAUGGCGAACCCAGACGAUCAUUCGGCAGCGCCUCCCGGCCGGGACUAUCCGUCAACGGCAGGAGAACUUCCGUUUCGAUCGAUGGCAACAUGGAGGACAGUGACGACGACGAGGAUGAUGAUGAGACCACCGGCUUGACCAAGAGUCGCUCUAGUCUUGGGGGUGGCAGACGCAAGACCGCCCCGAAUCUUGGGCAUUCGGUUACUGAUAUGACCGCCUCAACCGAGUUGACGCUGGGAAGAUCACUGCGGCGGUACAGCACGGCGAACGACGAGAUGCCGGAUCAGACCUUCCUUUACUCCUCAGGCAUCAUGCUCAAGAAGCGCAUAAUUAGCCUCUACGUCUCGCUCUGCGAGCUCAAGUCGUACGUUCAACUCAACCGGACGGGUUUCAGAAAGGUCUUGAAGAAAUUCGACAAGAUUCUUGACAAGGAGCUGCGGGUCAAGUACAUGACCGCCAACAUCGAUUCCGCAUACCCUUUCAAGCCGGAGAAUAUCAAGAGUAUCGAGGAGAAUAUCUCCAAGAUGGAGAAGGCGUACGCAGAGAUUGUGACUCAGGGCGACGAGGGACUUGCCAAGCGCGACCUGAGAUCUCACCUCCGCGAACACGUCGUGUGGGAGCGCAACACUGUCUGGCGAGACAUGAUUGGCAUGGAGCGUCGCGCUGAGGCUGCGAGCUUGGGCAGAGGGCUUCUGGGAAGGGAUGGGGCGACGGGAUCCAGGCGACUCCAGGGUGAUGAUGAGCUUGCCCCAGUCACCAAGGAGGUGGUUACUCCCGUGGGCCGUUUUGUUGUGCCGACGUGGGUUGCCAACACGCCUCUGCUCACCCUCCUGAUCGCUGUCGGCGUUUUCCUCCUUCUUCUUUUCCUCCCCAUCAUGGAGAAGCCCGAGCAACAGAACUGCUUGGCGUUGCUCGUGUUUGUCAGCAUCCUUUGGGCUACAGAGGCCAUUCCGUUGUUCGUUACGUCGCUAAUGAUACCCUUCCUCUGCGUCGUUUUGACUGUCGUUCGCUCUGAAGACAAGCCCUACAGGAGGCUUGAUGCCAAGGCCACCACAGCCUACAUCUUCUCGGCCAUGUGGACACCCGUCAUCAUGCUUCUUCUUGGUGGCUUCACCCUGGCUGCGGCUCUGUCCAAGUGCAAGAUUGACAAGCGGCUCGCGACGUUUGUCCUUAGCAAGGCUGGAACCACUCCGCGCACCGUACUCAUUGCCAACAUGCUCGUUGCAGCAUUUGCUAGCAUGUUGAUCAGCAACGUCGCUGCGCCGGUUCUUUGCUUUUCUAUCAUCGAGCCCAUGUUGCGAACCCUGCCCUCAGAGUCAAACAUGUCCAAGGCUGUCAUCAUGGGAAUCGCGCUCGCCUCCAACAUCGGCGGCAUGCUUUCUCCCAUUGCUUCGCCUCAGAAUGUUGUCGCCAUUGGUAUCAUGAAGCCUGCGCCUACCUGGAUCCAGUGGUUCUUCAUUGUCAUCCCUGUCGGUAUCGUCUCGCUGCUUCUCAUCUGGAUCUUGCUGUUGAUCACGUUUCAACCGAGCAAGGGAACCACAAUUGCUCCGAUCCGCCCUGUAAAGGAGAAGUUCACAGGCAUCCAAUGGUUUGUAUCCAUCGUCACGCUCAUCACCAUCGGUUUGUGGUGCGGUAGCCACCAAAUGGAGUCCAUCUUUGGUGACAUGGGUGUCAUUGCCAUUAUCCCCAUUGUCCUCUUCUUUGGCAUUGGUAUCUUGACCAAGGAAGACUUCAACAACUUCCCGUGGACCAUCAUCAUUCUGGCUGCCGGAGGUUUGUCCCUGGGCAAGGCUGUCAAAUCAUCUGGUCUUUUGCACACAGUUGCUGGCGUCGUUACCAAGGAGGUCGAGGGUAUGAGUCUCUACGUCGUCCUUGUUGUCUUCUCAGCUCUUAUCCUCGUCAUCGCCACUUUCAUCAGCCACACAGUCGCAGCUUUGAUUAUCCUGCCGUUGGUGUUUGAUGUUGGCUCCAACAUGGACGAACCCCACCCGAACCUGUUGGUCAUGGGUGGUGUUUUGAUGUGCAGUGCCGCUAUGGGUUUGCCAACGAGUGGUUUCCCCAACAUGACCAUACCCGAACCGAUACCUGGAGCUCAACAAUAUCUCGCUCACACACGCGCGCGCCGUCAUGAUCGCAUCUUGACGCUCUACUUCGCCAUGCUUUCGGCAUUCACAGCUCGGCCGAUCAUAGAGCUAAAGCAACGGGAUAAGUCUAAGAUUGAGACAAUCCUCGCGCAUGGCGAUCGUGUUUUCGUAGGCCUCAACAGCGGAGCUCUUCGCAUCUACCGCCUCAACGAGCUGCCGCCUCCGUCGCCGACCCAGGCCAAUGGCUCCUCUCAACCCGUUACGGCGAGUCCACAAGACGCAACCGAAACCACCCCGACGACUGAACAGCUGAAGAAACCUACGGACCUGCUGCGCGAGGUAGAAAAGUUCUCCAACAGGGCGAUUGAGCAGCUCGCUGUCAUUAAAGAAGCCAACACUCUCGUGUCGUUGUCAAACUACUACGUAUCCCUCCACGACCUCGGAACCUAUGAACCCCUGGAGACUCUAUCGCGGACGAAGAACGCCACCUGCUUUGCUGUCACAUCCAACAUCGUGAAAGAUGCAGCGACCGGAAUACCAGAGAUUAUAAGCCGCUUGGCGGUGGCUGUCCGCCGUCGAUUAUUGCUAUGGAGCUGGCACGAAAGCGAGUUGAGCGCCGAUGUUGGGGAAGUCACACUACCGGAAUCCAUACGAACCGUCACAUGGGCCAGUGCGACAAAGAUUGUAUGCGGAAUGAACGCGGGAUACGUUUUGGUUGACGUAGUUACCCACGAGGUCGAGGAUAUCAACAGUCCAGGCUCCGCGGCAUCAGGCGGGCAGGCUAGUCGUUUCGGAGCGGUGAGCAGCGCUGGAAUGGGCUAUAUGGGCCUCGGAGGAUACAUGCCUAAGCCGCUCGCUGCGAAGCUGGCUGAGGGCGAGCUUCUGUUGGCCAAAGACAUCAACUCCAUGUUCAUUACGGACGAAGGAAAGCCGGUCGAAAAACGACAAAUUCCGUGGCAAGCGGCUCCUGAGCAGAUUGGCUACUCGUACCCAUACAUCCUGGCAUUGCAAGCUCCGUCAAAAGGCUCGCUUGAAGUCAGAAACCCAGAGACGUUGCACUUGUUGCAAACCAUGCCCCUUCCAGGCGCAGCGCAACUUCACUUCCCGCCACCUAAUGUUAGUCUUGCACACGCGGGUAAGGGAUUCCACAUUUCCAGCGACCGAUGUGUUUGGAAAAUGGGGGCUACCGACUACGAUUCGCAAAUCGACGAGCUGGUGGAAAAGGGCAAAUACGACGAGGCUGUCAGCAUCCUUGAUAUGCUAGAGGACGCUCUCCUCCGGAAUAAGAAAGAGACUCUCCGAGAGGUCAAAAUGCUCAAGGCUGAAACGCUGUUCAAGCAAAAGAAGUUUUACGACUCCAUGGACCUCUUCAACGAGGACGAUGUUCAUGCACCGCCAGAGCGAGUUCUGAAGCUUUUCCCGCCUUCUAUCGCCGGGGAAAUGUCCGGUUGGGCGCAUGGAGUGCAACCGGACGAAUCUGGUAGCGAUGAGAAGGAGGGUGAGGAGGAACCUCAGAAGAAAACAAAUGGGGAUAAGCCCAAGGAAGAUGCAGCGGGAACCCCCGCGUCCCCUGCGAAAGGAGGCGUAGGCUUUGCCAAGUUAUUUAUGGGCUCUCGAAAACCGGUGCAACCAGAUGCCGCCUCGAUCAUAUCCAAGAAAGACACGAUAGAUGUCGAAGAGACUGGAAGCAUCAAAAGCAAGCCUGCCGAAAACCAGCCGCUUGAUGGCGAGGAGCUCUUGGCUGCUGUCACAUCACUUGCUGGUUAUCUUGUCGGGACAAGGACGCGUUUGCAAAGGGUCAUCGACCCGAGUACUGGCAAGCUGAAGCGGACAGAUACGAAUGGCUCCAACGAAGAGACGAUGAAGAGCUUUAUGUCAGGCUCGCACGACGAUGAGUCGGGGAGUCAACUCGAGGGAGAGAUCCGAAGGACGUCGCGAAUUGUCGAUACCGCUUUAUUCCGGACUUACAUGAUGACGAGGCCUGCUCUAGCUGGGCCCCUCUUCCGCCUCCCGAACUUUUGCGAUCCAGACGUCGUCAACGAAGCACUGCUUUCACACAGCCGAUAUAACGAGUUGGUGGACUUCUUCAGCGGAAAGAAGCUUCACUCACAAGCGCUUGAGCUUCUCAAGCGCUUUGGAACUGCCGAGAAACCCGACGAGGCUGCACCCGGCCUGCAUGGGCCUCAAAGGACAGUCAUCUAUCUUCAGACACUGCCGCCGUCUGAGAUUGAUCUCAUCCUGCAAUAUUCAGAGUGGACCCUGAGAGCGGAUCCAAAGCUGGCCAUGGAAGUGUUUAUCGCCGACUCUGAAAACGCCGAGACGUUACCUCGUGGCCGAAUCGCUCGCUUCCUAGGUGGAAUCGAUCCAGGACUGGAGGUGCAGUACCUAGAGCACAUCAUCUCCGAGCUUGACGAGUCGACUCCGGACUUCCACAACCGUCUGGUCGAGCUCUUCAUCAAGCAUUUGAAGGAGAAGAAACGGAGCGAUGAAUGGGAUGCAGAGAUGGAUCGUUUCGUGCAAUUCCUCAAGACCAGCAGCCAGUACAGUCUUAGCAAGGCGUUCAGCCUCAUUCCACGCGACGAUCCUGCUUUCUACGAAGCUCAAGCCAUAGUGUUGAGCAACAUGGGCUCGCACAAGCAGGCGCUGGAGAUUUACGUCUUCAAGAUGAAGAAUUACGCGAAAGCCGAAGAGUAUUGUAAUAUCGUUCACAAGUCCCGAGACUCUAGGCCUUCGUCUCCAGACCAGUCACGACGUCCAUCAUCGGCAGAUGAUCCCGAGGACUCGGUUCCAUCCAUCUACCAUACCCUUCUUUCGCUAUACCUGACCCCACCGCCACCACAUAAACCAGCACAUGACCCGGCUCUCGAGCUACUGUCGAGGCACGGAUCGCGUCUACCGGCAGCAUCGACUCUUUCUCUGAUUCCCGACGACCUUCCUGUUCGCGAUCUCGAGUCCUACUUCCGAGGCAGAAUUCGGUCUGCUAACAGCGUCGUGAACGAGUCGCGCAUCGUAGCUCGGCUGAGAGACACGGAGCUGGUGUCGACGCAAGCGCUCCUGCUCCUUGGCGACGGCAUACCUGGCGGACAGGGAGGGCGCAACAGAAGGGUGACAAUCACUGAAGAGCGGUUAUGUGGCGCUUGCCACAAGAGGUUGGGGCGAAGCGUGGUGUCGGUUCUUCCGGACAACAAUGUGGUCCAUUAUGCUUGUUUCAACAAGGCAACGUCGCAGCGACCGCAAAGCUCUCGGGCAGGAAACUGGGCUCGAAGGUUUUCGUGA